ACAUGAAUUAAGUAUUUUCUUCUUUUCACAAAACAUACAGUUUAGGUGUCGAAACUGUUUUAUUUGUCAAAUACCGAACAAUUUGUAUUAAUACACGUUGUAGCCGUUUGAAUCGCACGCAGCAUUACUAGCAUGUAGCCGCUAGCUUAUACGUCACUGUAGUGUUUUAUAUGGAGAUAUAGGUACCUGUUAAUAAGAAGAUGAGUGAACUGAAGGACUGCCCACCUCUGAAGUACUAUGACUUUAAACCUGUAGACCACUUGAAAGUGUGUCCACGCUAUACCGCAGUGCUCAGCCGCUCUGAAGAUGAUGGCAUUGGCAUUGAAGAGCUGGACACACUUCAGCUUGAGCUGGAAACGCUCCUUUCCUCUGCCAGCCGGCGCCUCAGAGCACUAGAAGAACAGAGACAGAUCCUUACAGACUGGCAGGACAAAAAAGGCGACAAGAGGUUCCUGAAAUUAGGGAAAGAUGCAGAUCUUUCAGCCUCUUCCCGCCAUUCCAAGCCCAAGAAACAGAAACUUGAUGGAAAAGGUAGUCAUUGUCCUAGGACAGGUCCAGGGAGACCAAAAUCGAAUACCAUACAGACCAAAGUCCAAGACUUUGAAUUUGAAGUGGACACACAAGAUAUACCCCGCAAUCCUAAAAAUGAUGCUCCCAACAGAUUCUGGGCCUCAGUGGAGCCCUACUGUGCAGACAUUACAAAUGAAGAGAUCCGAGUUCUUGAAGAAUUGCUUAAACCACCCGAUGAUGAUGCUGAGUACUAUAAGAUCCCAGCUUUGGGGAAGCACUAUUCCCAGCGCUGGGCUCAAGAAGACCUGUUAGAGGAGCAAAGAGAGGGGGCAAGAGCUAAUGACAAGAAGAAAAGCAUGAUGGGUCCUCUUUCUGAAUUGGAUGCUAAAGAUGUAGACGCCCUACUGAAAAAGUCAGAGUCACAACACGAGCUACCAGAAGAUGGCUGUCCCUUCGGCCCUCUUACUCAGCGGCUUUUACAAGCACUGGUUGAGGAAAAUAUUAUAUCCCCUAUGGAGGAUUCCCCUAUUCCUGACAUACCAGGAAAGGAUGAUGGAGCUGGAACAUCACCUCGUAGCCAAGGAAAAGCCUUUAGUGUGCCUCACACUCGCUCUCUGGAGGCUCGUAUAAGAGAAGAGCUAGUGGCUCAGGGCUUACUGGACUCUGAUGAGAGGCAGGGUGGGGGCGGUGAGUCUGAAGAUGAGGUACUGGCUGAACUUCAGAAAAGACAGGCUGAACUCAAAGCGCUUACCGCUCACAACCGUGCACGCAAGCAGGAGCUGCUCAAGUUAGCGCGGGAUGAGAUGAGAAAACAAGAGCUUCGUCAGCGGGUUCGAGUGGCCGAUAAUGAAGUUAUGGAGGCUUUCCGUCGCAUCAUGGCAGCCAGGCAAAAGAAACGCACACCGACAAAAAAAGAAAAAGAUCAGGCCUGGAAAGCUUUGAAAGAGAGAGAAAGUAUUCUCAAACUCUUAGAUGGAUGAAUAUGACGGGCAGCUAUUCUGUGAUGUGUUUUAUAUGAAUGAUUGUUUGCUAUGGACAGGUUAUACUGACAACUUAAAACAGUUUUGAAUCCAGGCUUAACUGAGAGAUGGUUAAAGAAUUCAACAUAUUUUGAUGAAAUAUUCAUAUAUUUUGAAUGCCCUCAAUUUAAAAUAAGAUCAAACCAUGACAAUGUCCUGUAAAUAAAGAUAUUUGACACUAAAGGUUGAAAGUGCCACUGAUGAUCAAUAAUGCCAGAACUAUAGGACCUUUGACUGAUUUCUGUACAGUUUCAAAAGCUAUUACCAUUAAAGACAUUCAAGCUAUUAUCUUUUUUUUUUUUUUUUACAUUAUUUAGUUCAAUAAAUCAGUGACAUUGUCUUGGGGUUUUAUAUGGUUGAAGACACAAGCGUAGUAGUGUGCAUGGAAAGUCAAAGUUUGUAAAUGAAAACUACGCAUAUUUUGUUAUUGUGAUUCUACAGUGAGUACAGUUGUUUGUAUCUUAAAUUUUGUAAACCUCUAAACCUUGACAUUGCUGUUGCAUGCAUAUGUGAAAAUAAAAGCAUCUGAUUGCA